CGAUUAGUGCUAGUCAGCCGCAAGGGCCUUUUUCGGAGAAAUUAGACGUCAAAGAGCGAGAUCACAGCUCGCUCUCCGACAUGCCGACUCUUACAAACCUCAGUUAAGCAUCGUCCGACGUCCGAUCCUGAGUAUGGAUAGAUGUUUGCAAAAGAGUCAAAAAGGACACGGCGACGCUGGAAGAUGUGAAUCACAAAUCACCAAACCUACACUACACACCCACCGAAAUUUAAUAACCCUUUUUUGGCCAUCAUGACGACCAUGGAGGCCUGGCAAUGCAAGACGUUCUCAGGCGCAGUCGAGAAGAAUUUGUAUCUAGCAACAUCCGUCCCAAAGCCAAUUCCUACCGACACAGAGGUCAUCGUAGAAGUCUUCAGCACUUCCGUCAACCCCAUCGAUUACAAGAUCCUAGAGCUCGGUCUGAUCCCGAGACUAGCCCUGAAAGCUCCUGUCACGCCAGGACUAGACAUUAGUGGCCGCGUUGUUGAAGUUGGGAGUAAAGUCAACACCUUCAAGACUGGAGACAUUGUUUAUGGCGCUUGCAACGGCGUCUUCGAACAUGGCGCGAUGGCGCAAUACGUCCAGGCGUCGCAGGAUAUGAUCGCCCUUGCCCCCCAAGGCGCGAGGCAUGAAGACCUAGCAGCAGUCGCCACCGUCGGCAUGACCACCCUCCAAGCCAUCAGGCCCUACGUCAAAGCCAGCGACAAGGUCUUCAUCAACGGAGGCUCGGGCGGCACAGGCACCCUGGCCAUCCAGAUCGCCAAACAGCUCGGCUGCCACGUCACAACAUCCUGCUCGACCGCAAACGUCGAGCUGUGCAAGAGCCUUGGCGCAGACGAGGUCCUCGACUACAAAAAAGCUGAUAUCGUCGAGCAGCUGAACGCGCGCGAGACCCGCUUCGAGGCCAUCAUCGACAACGUUGGCAACCCCUCCAACCUCUACCGCGCCGGCGGCCGCUACCUACAGCCCAAGGGUACCUUCGUGCAGGUCGGCCUGGGCAUGGACCUCGCUGCGCUGCGCCAGUUCAUGGGCAACAAGUUCCUGCCCGGCUUCCUUGGCGGUGGCAGAGGGAAGUACGUGUUCGCGAUCACAAAGCCUAACAAAGCCGACUUCGAGCUUUUGGGGUCGUGGUUCGAGACAGGGAAGAUUCGGGCGGUGAUUGAUUCGGAGUACAAGUUUAGCGCUGCGCCUGAGGCGUUUUCCAGGCUGAAGACUGGGAGGUCUCGUGGCAAGGUUGUGGUUCGUGUUCAGGAGGCUUAGGACUUUGAUUUGAUGUUUUGAUGUUCAAUACCACUCUCGCAUGCUCUAGAUUAAUAGAAACCUUGAAUUUAUGUAUCACUCGUAAGCUGUCGUUCUAAGUGGGUUCUCAUCGGUCUAGAAUGCGUGAC